AUGUUGGUGCAUACCAGUUGGGAUGGCUAUGGGAAGGGGAAUCCUCUGAAGUAUCCAUAUAAUGGUUACAUAGAAGGGAAGGAGCUUGACAAUUUUUUUCAUCAUCUCCUGGAGAAAUUGGGACCAGAAAGCUCCAUCACAGAGGAAAAAGUUCAGAGGAUGAAGGAGCAAUUUAUGGCCACCUAUGAUGUCACUGCAGAUGGACGCCUGGAAAUCCAAGAGCUUGCAAAUAUGAUCUUGCCGGAUGAUGAGAACUUUCUGCUGCUUUUCCGACGGGAAACUCCUUUGGACAACAGCGUGGAAUUUAUGCGGAUCUGGCGCAGUUACGAUGCUGAUAGCAGUGGAUUUAUUUCAGCUGGCGAGCUCAAAGAUUUCCUACGAGAUCUCUUCUUGCAGCAUAACAGGAUGGUUGCUGAGGUGAAGCUGGAAGAAUAUACAGAUACAAUGAUGAAAAUCUUUGACAAAAACAAAGAUGGGCGGCUGGACCUGAAUGACCUAGCAAGAAUUCUAGCGCUCCAGGAAAAUUUCCUUCUUCAAUUUAAAAUGGAUGCUUGUAGCACAGAAGAAAGGAAGAGAGAUUUUGAGAAAAUCUUUGCACACUACGACGUUAGUAAGACAGGAGCCCUUGAAGGCCCAGAAGUGGAUGGGUUUGUCAAAGAUAUGAUGGAACUGGUCAAGCCCAGCAUCAGCGGAGUGGAUCUGGAUAAAUUUCGCCAGAUUCUGCUCAACCAUUGCGACGUGAACAAGGAUGGAAAAAUUCAAAAAUCUGAACUGGCCUUGUGUCUUGGGCUUAAAAUGAACCCAUAGAUGUGACCGUGUUUGUGGCUGUGCUUCCCUCGUGUGAGCCUGCUGCUCCUUGUAGAAGUGUUUCAGUGCUGUGUAACUGUGUGUGGGGGGAAGAGGGGCACCUCGCUGUAAGGCUGAAGAGCAUCUGUAUGAAGAUGCAGCAGAACGAGAAGCACGUGGAGGGCCUAUCCACUCAGUAACUGAAUU